AUGCAGCAUCACAACGGUGGUAACAAUUCAACUGGAUUCUUCUCCAAGAUUAAAGAGAAUUAUAGUAGUAAAUUAUCUAAUCUAUCAUUAACUAGUAAUUCAUAUGUUGAUAAAGAUGGUAAUACUGAAGAUUCAACAUUAAUUCAUAAUGCAUUUGUUAAAUACUAUGAUUCAAAAGGGUUACCUUAUCCUGAUUGGUUGGGGGUUAAGAACAUCCCUACUCAUAAAAUACAACAACAACUGAAUCAAUAUCAACAACAACAUCAGGCCAAUGGAUAUUCAUCAGAUCAAUUUCAACCGGUACGUCAUAGUAAUACUUUCAAUAAUAGUUAUUCCUCCAGACAGCAACAACAACAGCAGCAACAACAGCAACAUCACCAACAAGAACGUCCAGCUUCUAAUACUACAACGACUAACACACCCGGUUAUCGAUCGCAAAGUAAAUUACAAGAUAUGUACAAUAAAUCAAGACAACAACCUACUCCAGCAGCAUCCGCUACUUAUGCUCCCAAAAGUGACACUGCCCAUCCACAACCAAUUAGAACUAAUAGUUAUUCCGUGACUGGAAAUAGAUUACGAGAAAGAAUGUUGAGAAAUUCACCUUCUCAACUGCCACCAGUUCAACCAAAUCCUCCUCCAUCAAAUAAUUCAAACCAAUCUACAAAUCAACCUUCCUGGGGUAGGCGAUAA